AUGAAGUCUACAAUCAUUCUCGCUUUGGCUAGUAUUGCCAUCGCGGCUCCCACCCGCACCAUCGAGGACCGCCAGCUGCCCAGUUUCGGCUCCAGCAGUACUACCGGCAGUGGGUUGGAUGCAUGGAAGUCUCUCAUACCAGGACUCGCGGGGUCUAGCAGCGGCUCUGACAGCUCUAGCUCCCCGGAGAGCUCGUCAGGCAGCAGCCUCGGUAUCCCCGGUUUCAACUCAGGCUCCCCAACCGAAAACGGCGUGACCGAGAAUGCCAGCUGCAAGGAUUUCACGUUCAUCUUUGCGCGUGGAACGACCGAGAUGGGUAACAUAGGCUCGGUCGCUAUCCAGGGAGUGAACUACCCGGCAGAUGCAGCGGGCAACGCACUGAUGGGCGCAAGUGGGGGCCCUGCGAUGGCCAAGCUUGUUGAGCAAGCCCUCAGCCAGUGUCCCAAGACCAAGAUCCUGCUGGGUGGAUACUCGCAGGGUGCGAUGGUCGUCCACAAUGCUGCCAGCAGCCUCGCUGCUGGUCAGGUUGCCGCUGCGGUUCUUUUCGGUGACCCUUUGAAAGCCCAAUCUGUUGGUAAACUUGCCAGCGAUAAAAUCAAGGAGUUCUGUCAUAUCGGUGACCCGGUCUGCUUGAACGGGGCAAAUGCCAUGGCGCAUAUUACUUAUGGAACCGAUGCCGAGGCGGCUGCGCAGUUUUUGGUUGAAGCUGCUGGAAUGUCCACUUCUUCUUAA